AAGCACUCAGUAUAUAUUUAUUAGCGUACUGCGUCAUUUAAUAUUAUUUUCUUUUGCAGUUACUUUUGGAUUUUCAUACGUAUAGAUAAACAAAAAUGCAAUACCCAGAACACAGUAACCAGGAGUACGGGAAUAACAGUUACAUCACCGAUGCUGGUGGCAGACCAUCAAUCCUGAAAUAUCCUACUAAACCGGAAUAUAUUGUCGGAGACGAUGUUUAUUUAAUUAACGAUAGCGGGUUCCGUGAAGGGCCCUAUACGAUCUCUUCAGUCAUAUCGGCUUCAAAGUAUACUCUUAGUCAAGUUAAUGGCACACCCAUCCGGAAUGGUGAUGCGAUAGACGCCGAGUCCAUUGAAAAGAAAUGAAGCUAGCGUCUUUCUUUAAUAUAAUGUAAUCAUAAACUUAGUAGUUACUUUCUUUUCACGACCUAAUCGACGAUUGUUUAUCAUGUUUUAGUGAGG